AUGGUGUUAUUAGAGCUUUUUCUAGUCUGUGGCAGCUCUGCCCCAGUGAGGACUGAACAUGAGGGUGGCACAGUGGCGCCAAGUGUGCAGGGACACAGACUGCCUCAACCGCAGGAGCUAUGGCCCUUUCAGAGUCUUCUAGCCUCUGGAAGGUGGUGCUCUCCGGCUAGUCCUUCUCCAUUGCCCCACUUUUUCAGGCCUUUAGAGGGCGCCCUGACUUGGGUCCUUCUCUUGCUCAGCACUGUCAGGGGCUUGAAGGGCCAGCCUCUCUGUUGUUCAGCUGCUGGUGCUGGCCUGUGGGAGAGAGAAGCUAAAGGGAUGGCCCCACCCUACAGACUCAGCAGUAUCACCUUGCCUCCAAGGAGGCCUGGCUUUCCUCCACAGGCAUUUCCCACCACAGUCUCCUCCCAUGUGUCCCCUGGGGCUGUCUCCCCACCAUCAACUGCAGACCUCCCCCUCGAUCCCUCUACAAUCCCCACACUCCAGCUCCCAGCUGCUGUGCCUUCUAAGGGACCCGCGUCCCUGACUGGGUUAUGUAUGGCUGUGGCAAGGAUUGUCUGCGUGACUCUCAUUCCAUUUAGACUGUCACAGAUCAGCUGCUUCACAUUCAACCUCAACUAUUUCUCCUCUGUCCCAAACAGUUGCCCCAAUGUGGAGAUCAACCCCCUGCUUCAGUUCCCCUACCUGCCAGGGGCAGGUGAUUAUGUUGUCAUGACUAUAUAUUUUGAAUUGAGUAGAAGAAUGGGAUACUUCACUAUUCAAACAUAUAUUCCUUGUAUACUGACUGUGGUUUUAUCCUGGGUAUCAUUCUGGAUCAAAAAAGAUGCUACACCAGCAAGAACAGCAUUAGGCAUCACCACAGUGCUGACCAUGACCACACUCAGCACCAUAGCCAGGAAGUCCUUGCCCCGUGUUUCCUAUGUGACUGCCAUGGACCUUUUCGUGACUGUGUGCUUCUUAUUUGUCUUUGCUGCUCUGAUGGAGUAUGCUACCCUCAACUACUAUUCAAGUUGUAGAAAACCAACUACCACUAAGAAAAAAACAUCGUUACUACAUGCAGAUUCCUCAAGAUGGAUUCACGAAAGGAUAAGCCUACAAGCCCCCUCUAACUAUUCUCUCCUUGACAUGAGGCCACCACCACCUGUAACAGUUACUCUAAACAAUUCCAUGUACUGGCAGGAAUUAGAAGAUACCUGUGUCUACGAGUGUUUGGAUGGCAAAGACUGUCAGAGUUUCUUCUGCUGCUAUGAAGAAUGCAAAUCAGGAUCUUGGAGAAAAGGACAUAUUCACAUAGACAUCUUGGAACUGGACUCAUAUUCACGAGUCUUUUUCCCUACAUCAUUCCUGCUCUUCAACUUGGUUUAUUGGGUGGGAUACCUCUAUCUCUAACUCUUCUUUCAGGUGAUAAGUGAAGAGUGUUAGAUUCCCCUCUAAACUUUCCCCAUCCCCAGACCAGUAGUGACUAACUGGAGUAGCAAGGAAAGACACUGCUCAGUUUAUUUGAAAUACAUCACUUUUGAGCAGUGUAGGAGUAUGUGGCAAAUAUUUCUAUUAUGUAUUUCAAACCCACAGAUACAUGCGUGUGCACACACAAGUUAACUGAGUGUUAAAGUGAUCUUCUUGCUAAUCCUUUACUGAAUCUGUAGCUUGGUGAUAUUUAUAAAUGUUUUUUGGAUAUUGGAAGCAGUUCUCAAUUUUCUUUUGUGAAGAAAUCUGUGAAACGUACAAGCAAAUAUCUGAGAAGCUCUCUCAGACUCCACCCUUUUCUGUAUUUGUACUUGGGCCCUCGGCAGUACUGGCGCCCAGUCGCGCAGAGUUGCUGGUGACCGAGACACUCAUGCUGACCUCAGCCACUGGCAGUCUGAGUUCAAGUGUGAACUGCAGUGAGUUACCACCCAAUUUCCUCUCUCUAUGGCCUCUUUGCUCUGUCACCACCUUCACUGAUUGGUGUACUUUAAUCGAAUAACCUCACCCUAAGUUUGGAAAGGUUGUAUCUGUUUCAUCCACAAGUUUUCAGUUGAGGAAACAGUCUGAUUUUCAAAAUUUUCAUGUUGCUGAAGUCAAAGAUGUUUACUAUCUCUGAACAUCAUAAGUUCAACAUUUUAUCCUAAGAAUUGUGUUUUACUAAACCAAGAAGCAACCCCAGGGUAUACUCUAUUAUGGGUUCAAUGAUUAUCUUUACCUUGCAAAGAAAGGUAUAUAGCAUUCACAAGCUUUGGUUUUGAAAUUGUUUUCCAGAGUGUGAAAGAAAUGUAGAUAGAAUUUGUACAAAUUUUUCUUAGUGAAUAUUAACGUUCAAGUCAAAUCAAUUUUAGAUGCAAAACAACGGGUCAUGGCUAUCAUC